UGAGAUGUUCUGUGCGCUCUGCUGAAGAUCGAGGAUCUUUGUCGACACAAGUUGCAGCUGGUGGCUGAGCAUAAAAAUAAAGCAAAGAGAGUAUACCGUCGGUGGUGCCGGGCUCCGCUGGCAAGAGACAAACGAAAAGAGUGUGCUGGAAUUUCAAAUAUUUCGCCCGUGACCGUGGACCGCGUGAGGCGCAGUUGAUACGCAAAUUAACUCGCGCGGUUUUGUCCCUCCGUACGUGCAGUGUAAUACGUGAGGAAGAGGUUUGCCGCCCGAUAAAGAAAACUCAUGCGCAGAAGAAGAAGAAAACAUUAAUCGCGAUCUUUCGCGCUUUGAUUAAUUAAGUGUGUCUUACGCGCGCACGCCUUCCGUGCCUUUGGCGGUGCACUUUUUCGAAUUUUUCGGAAGUUUUUUGAUCUUCAAUCAGAAAAGCAAUGAAGGCGAAUGGAAAGUGAGCUGUGGUGCUGGAGCAAAAAAAAACAUCAUCCUCAGGGAAAGAGUCAAACAGAGUCAAUCGGAAAUUUGCUCCGGUGUGUGAGCGGCGAAAUAAUUUUGGUAUUGAAAGGACAGAAAAAUUCCCUUAUCUACGUAGGGCCGUUCCAAAGGUGUUAUUUUAAAAUUAACGUGACCAUCGACUGGCUAGAAAAUUGGUAUAAUGCAAUCCGAUACACAAUCGAAGAAAGUGGCAAAUUUUCGGAUGCAUUUGUGAGUGGUUUGUUGACCUGAAGCAAAGUGAGCAAGCUUGUACUAGAGGCCUGGGGUGGUGCAUGGAAGAAUCCAAUUGGAAUGCGAUGGAUAUACAUAUAAAAGUGACGAAACGGCAUUGGUAGGGAAAGUUCCGAGUUUUUUGUGCUCGCGCGGUUCGAAGUGUCAUCGAACGGGGGUUUUGUAGCAUCUGGAAAAAAAUAUUAAAACUACACGGGGAUCCUUCCAAAGAUCCCCCAGUUCAAACAGAGUUAUUAAUUAUAACAACGACAUCAAAGCAAAGUGCAUGGCUUACUACAGCGGCAUUGGAGUCUGCGGUAGUUCUAGUGGCAGUAGUGAAAGUAAAUUCAACCCGAUCAAAGUGAGUUUUUCCGAAUGGAAAAUUAAAUGCUACUUCAAUAAAAAGUAGUUCGAGAUCAAAGAAAAAACCGUCCGGAGCCGAAGCCGAAGUUCAAACGGUUGCGUUCGAACGGGCGUUGUUGUUUUGAAUGCGCUCUCCUCUCGGGAGUGGAUCGUGCCGAACCGGUGGGAAGGAGGCGCAGCAGUGUUUUGGUUUCUUUGCAUCGCAGCGUGGAGAACUGUCGCGGCGCAAGAUGCGGUGCAGUAAUGCAGGCGGCGGUGUUUUGAUGGCAACCAUCGUGGCGUGUCUGAUUGUGGGACACUUCGUUGUGCCGUGUCACUGCCGGGCAACGGUAGCUGGAAUCAAUGCAAAUCAAGCCAGCAGCGAAGGUGUCAGCCGUCAGCGGAUGGCGAAUAUAUCCAUCGAAAGUAAUUCGAUCCAGCGGUUGGUCGGUGAAAAGGAUGCCGCGCAUGGAGUGUCAUCAUCCGGUGCAUCGUUGACUGGUGAUGCGGCCGCUAAUUAUGAUAAUGCUGCCAGCAAUGCAGCUGGUGGCGCUGGUUCUGGUGCUGGUAAUAAUCAACAACCACCGAGGAUGGUACAGAAGGAGCUGAAGCGGGUGUUUUUGUCCAACAGGACAGUGACCUGUAACGAUGGAAGCCAGGCGGGGUUCUAUCUGAGAAAGUCUCCGGGAUCUCGGCGAUGGGUUGUGUUUUUCGAGGGUGGAUGGCAUUGCUACGAUCAUAAAUCGUGCCGAGCUAGGUGGUUGAAAUUGCGGCACCUGAUGACGUCGGCGCAGUGGCCCGAGACGAGAGAUGUUGGUGGACUUCUGUCGCCGUUGCCUUCGGAGAACCCCUACUGGUACAACGCAAAUCACGUGUUUGUGCCGUACUGCAGUAGUGACUCCUGGAGCGGAACUAAGGUCAAACCGGACAUGCGGGACGGAUUGCGUUUCAUGGGCUCAUUGAUUGUCCGGCAAGUGAUUGCAGAUUUGAUACCGCUUGGUCUGGGACAUUCACAAGGUGCCGAUCUGCUGAUGGCAGGAUCGUCAGCAGGUGGACUCGGUGUAAUGCUUAAUCUGGAUAAGGUGCGAAGUUUCCUGCAAAAUGAGAAAGGAUUAACAGUGAACGUGAGAGGUGUGAGUGACUCUGGCUGGUUCUUGGAUAGAGAACCGUACACUCCCGGAGCGGUUGCUGCCUCAGAAGCCGUUCGCCAGGGCUGGAGGAUGUGGGAUGGAGCACUGCCGCAGGCUUGCGUCGCUGAACAUCCUAAAGAACCUUGGCGCUGCUACUUUGGUCAUCGGCUGUACAAUACGCUUAAAUCACCCUUGUUCGUCUUUCAAUGGCUGUUUGAUGAGGCCCAGAUGCGAGCGGAUCAUGUCGGAGCACCCGUAACUCCCCAGCAGUGGGAUUACAUCCACGACAUGGGUGGAGCUUUGCGGGAAUCACUAAAUAAUGUAUCGGCAGUGUUUGCGCCAUCCUGCAUUGGUCACUCGGUGCUGACGAAACGGGACUGGCUGAGCAUCAGGAUCGACGACAUUAGUCUGGCGGAUGCCAUGCGCUGCUGGGAACAGUCGGACGUGCGAGAGAAACAGGUGCAGAGGCGACAAUCGAACCGGAACCCGAAUCCACAGAAGCUGCGGAGGAAGCAUAAUGGUGGCAGACGGAAGAAGCAACCGAACGAAUUGACCGGCAAUGGUUCCAUGGGGCAUCAGAAUGGCGAACUUGAAAAACCCAAGCUGACCAAAGAAGAGCGCGAACGGCGACGUCAGGAGCGGCGGGAGCGUCAGAACCAACGACGCUUAAACCGAUUGAACAAGAACAAAGCGCGCGAAGGAGAACGGAAUCAUACCCGUCAUCAGCAAAAAUAUGAAGAAUCCCAAUCAACAAAUGUUCCUAGACUAGAACGGUCACCAAAUAGUACCGGAAACGGUAGUAAUAAUCUUAGCAGUAGUCUUAAUCCAAACAAACAAACACAACAACAGCAGAACGGACGCCAUCGAUUGCGGAAUCAGAACAAGAAACGAUUGAACCACAAAAAUCGAAACCGAAAAAAUAUGAACAACAACCGGAAACAGCGUCAGCAGCAAAAUCGCAACGCUGCUUCGACCUUCGGGCUGGACAUCGCUGAACCAAAGAAGUGCUCUCUGAGGCUGCUGGAGCGGUGCAGUUGGCCCCAGUGUAACCACUCCUGUCCGACGUUGACGAAUCCGUUGACUGGCGAAGAGAUGAAGUUUCUCGAGUUGCUGGCAUCGUUCGGGCUAGACAUGGACGCGGUAGCAACGGCACUCGGUGUCGAUAUGCAAACGCUUAACAACAUGGAUCAUGCGGAACUGGUGAACCUUUUGACGCAGCAAGUCACGUAGCAUCAGAACUAGGCGCGCGAUGGUUGGAAGUUUGUGUAAAUAGUUGAACAAAUCUAUAGAUAGGCGAUAAUUUAUUUGCUUGUUAGCUUUAGUUGGUGCAGAGAAAAAUUUGAUUGAGUUCAGAUGUGUUUGAUAUUUGAGCAAGAUGUGUUUCUAAGUUCUAAAUUUUAUGGCCAGUCCGACUUGCGAGUCUGGCUGGCCAAUCUCUUGUAACGAUUCGGUCCACGUUUACUUUAGAAAUGCAGCUCACUUUUGUUGAGAUUAACUGUCCAUAGCAAGUGUACAUAUUAUGCCUUAAGCAGGGUAGAAGAGCGACAAAACAAACUAAACCAGACUGAAUCAUAUGUUUAAAUUAUUUAUUUUUUUAAUGCUAAUGCACGUGUAAAGAAAAUUUAAAAUAUAAAAUAUACCUAUAAAAUUUUAUUGAUCCCUAGAGUAGCGACAAUUGUCCCAGUACUUAGCGCAUUAAGAGAUGAUGUUUUGUAACAUAUUACUUAUUAGUCUAGGAAGGAGUAGCAGCCAAACUAAACUCAGUUGUAUUUAUUUUGCUCUAAAGAAAGAAACAAAAAAAAAACCAGCCUGUAAAUACUAGCCGAUAAGCCACUCGAAAUUACUACCUCACCGAUUACUAUAGCAUAGCAGCACACUAUUGCAACCAUCAAUUACAUAGUACAGCACUCGAAUAGCAAAUGGGCUCCCGAGCCGUGAAAUAGAAACUGAGUUCGAAACAAAGUGAACAGACUGCAACGAAUCAUAUUUUGUACCUGCAAUUAGUCAUAGUUAUAAAAGUACUAGCAAUGAUUAUUAUUUUGGCCUUCAGCGCUCACUCCUACCGCUCCGCAGUCGCACCGGUGAAAGGUGGGAUUUAUUUUGUUUACUGUAGCAGUCCGGCUCCCUUUCAGAAUCGGUUGCACCACGUAAGGAGAAAGCACACAAAAUUUGUUUCAUUGUCUCUGUUUACGAGAAAAAAAUGCAUGUUAUUGUACUUGUACAUAGUAAUUUAUAUGACAAUGAAUGACAAAACUGUAUUCAGCGUAAAAUGUUGAACAUAAAUCAAAAGCCAAGUGAAGAUACGAUAGCUAAGAAUAAAAACGUAUUGACUAAUAA